UCAUCAUAUCUUUCAUCAAAACUUCAAAACACUCGUCAACCAGCAGCUGAACCGAAAACAUAUCUCACUCCCAUCAAUCUCUGUUCCAAUGGAUAGAAAUCUGAGAGUAGGGCAUCGAUCCUCCUACUUCUCCGGCGGCGGCUGCAUGAUGUCGCCGUCGUGCAUACCGGUGGCCCACGACGACUUUAACUAUUCUCGCAUCCCCCAGAAUGGUAGUGCCGCCAAGAGGAGCCGCGGGUGGAGAAAUCUCCUCAGGAAGUUUAUGAGAGAAAGCAAUAAGAAUUUCCAUGGAUCCAAACCUCCAUCGUUUCAAUACGAUCCUGUCAGCUACUCCCAGAAUUUUCGACGAUGGCUCUCAUCUAGACGAUCAACCCAGACGCCUCUCCUUCAUCUUUCAAGAUUGUGGGUGAACAGAGAUGUUGCUCUUAAUGGGUUAGAUUGUCGGUGCCAAGUAUGAACGUGGGAUCGUCUUCAUGAUGCUGAGGCUAAGCUAGUAGAAUGAUGAGUAGUGGUCUGGCUUCUUCCUUCCCCAGAUUCCCGAAAAUGCAGCAGAAGUGAGGCAGAUACUUUUUCGAGCUAUAUAUAUAUAUAUAAUGGAAAUAACAGUUGAUGACAACGAGGAAUGCAGAAUGUGGAAUGAAGGUCUGAACUCUGAAGAACUGUGAAGAAUGGCGUGGAUUGUGUACAUAUGAAGGAGGGAAUUGUGUUCAUGUACUGUGUGAAUUACCUUUCACAAUUCCCUUCCCUGUAAAGAGACAGCUAUUUCCUGAAUUAGAUUUCUGCAGCAUCAAAUUGGAAGCAAUCCAUGUAAUUGUUCCAUUAUUUUUGAGGUAUUUUUCAAAUUUACUGUAGUUUUCUAAAACUUGAAAGACAAGGAUUUAAAAUUUUUAAUUAAUUUUCUUUAGUUCACUGUCAAAUCAAAGUCAGAUUAUUUUGCAACUGUAUAUUAGUUUCUACCCACCCGGUUUACUCAUAA